GCCGAUCGACGCGUGACCUCCAAGAUUCAGAAAGCGACCCCACCUGCGCAUCCGCGUCUCGCUGCUUUCGCUGCAGGGGCUUCUCAUAAACGGCGUGGGAAAACUCGACGCCGCACUCAAGAGAUCAUACAUACUUCCUACACGCCUUGCACGACGAUAACCAUCACCUCUAUAUCCUCAAGAACUCAGAAGGAAGCAUAGCGAAAAUGGCCCCUACAAAGGAACUGAAGGAGUUCAGCGUCCAAGAUGUCGCUUCGCAUAACACGGAAGAAUCGCUGUGGAUCAUCAUCGACGGCGUGGUCUACGAUCUGACCCGCUUCGCUGAUCUUCACCCCGGCGGUUUGACUGUGCUGUUGGACGUCGCUGGGAAAGACGCCACGCAGGAGUUCUAUGGUCUUCAUCGUCAAGCGGUUCUCACGCGACUCGGCCCGAAGUAUGAGAUCGGCCGCAUCGCUGGCCACAAGCAGAAGAUCGCUAUGGCCAAGCCAGGCGACAUCAGCAAAGUCCCAUAUGCCGAGCCCGUUGCAUGGCAAGGAUUCUACUCUCCAUACUACACGGAGUCCCAUUUCAAGUUCCGUGCCGCCCUCCGCAAGUUCUUCGACGAAGAGAUCCUGCCCGACGCACCGAUGAAGGAGGAAGCCGGUGAAGCCGCGGAUGAUGAGACUUUUGCGAAGUUGGGCGCCGCUGGCAUCCUUGCGUGCCGUAUGGGUCCCGGCCCGCACUUGAAGGGCUUCAACCUACCGGGAGGAGUCAAGCCGGAGGAGUUCGACUACUUCCACGAGCAGAUCGCGCAUGAGGAGGCCGGUGGUGUCGGUCUUCCUGGAUACCAGGACUCUCUCGGCACGGGAAUGGUCAUUGGACUGCCUCCUGUCAUGCACUUUGCCAGGAAAGAGGUCAAGGAAAAGGUCGUCAGGGAGGUCCUCACCGGGAAGAAGCGAAUCUGUCUGGCUAUCACGGAAGCCACCGCUGGAAGUGAUGUGGCGGCGAUCGCAACAACGGCAAGGAAGUCUCCUUGUGGAAAGUUCUACAUCGUCAACGGAACCAAAAAGUGGAUUACCAAUGGAAAACAAUCGGACUACUUCUCGACAGCCGUACGCACCGGCGACGGACCUGGUGGAAUCUCCAUGCUUUUGAUUGAGCGAAGUGAGGGAGUGGAAACGAAGCAAAUCAAGACGUCUUACUCAGCCGCGGCAGGUACUGCGUACAUCACAUUUGAGAACGUAAAGGUCCCGGUCGAGAACCUUCUCGGCAAGGAGGGUGGAGGAUUCCAAGUCAUCAUGUUCAACUUCAACCACGAGCGUUGGUUCAUCGUCGCUGGCGUGACCCGGGGCAUGCGUAUGGUAGUCGAAGAGUGCUUCAAGUGGACUCAGCAGCGUAUGGUGUUCGGCAAGCCUCUCAUUGAGCAGCCUGUCAUCAGGGCAAAACUUGCAAAGAUGAUUUCCGAAGUAGAGUCGGUACACCAUUGGCUCGAGAACAUGACAUACCAGAUGACAAAGAUGGACUAUAAGGAGGCAUCAGUGAAGCUUGGAGGACCCAUCGCCCUGCUCAAGCUGCGGUGUACCCGCGUCGCCACCGACAUCUCUGACGAAGGCUGCCAGAUCUUCGGAGGACGCGCCAUCACAAAGACUGGAAUGGGAAGGUUGAUGGAGGGUUUCCAACGGACCUUCAAGUUUGCUUCUAUCUUGGGGGGAAGUGAAGAGAUUAUGGCUGAUCUGGGUGUACGUCAAGCAAUGCGCUUCUACCCUACAGACGCCAAGCUUUAGAUAGGUGUCUUCGCCGUGUGUCUGUGAGAAUGUGGGCGACGGGGACUUACCUUUUGAGCUUGAGCGAAUAAAUAAGUAGAGUUGUCAACAUGAGCCAGCAUUCAUGUUUGUAUUUGAUUUCUAUCGCGGUGCUUUGCAUAUACUUGAUGGAGUUGUCGUUACCAGAUUUCCAGGCCAUUAACUUUCGGAGAAAUGAUGCAGAGAAUGG